AACAAAACAAGCUUUAGAUAAUGAUUCCUUUCCAAUGGUGAAUGAUAAAGCAGAUAUUCAGCGCAGUAAAACCGGAUGUCGUAAUUAUUAAGUCUUGCUUUGUUAAUAUUAGGCUCCGCUGCGCGCCUUCGAAUAUCACAAGCUCGACUGAAUACGGAUAUUCGAUUUUACCUUGCUGAAUAUAUGCUUAUUAUAGGGUUAAAAAAAAGAUAAGAAAUAUCUCGAGGAAUUAUUUAGUCAAAAAAUUUAACAGGUAUAGCAUAUAAAAACAAUAUAAAAGAAUAAUAAAUAUUCUAAAAUUAGCACCAUAAACAUCUCGGGGUUUUUCACUAUUAUGGUUUCACUUCGCUGGCUUGUUUGUAAACAAACUUUAAAACAAGAAUGGGUGUUAUAUUCAUAUUCAGCAUGAUGAACAGCCAUGCAUGAAGAGUUUUAACUGUUUCUACAGUAUUUCAUGUUCUUUUUCGCUGUUUCUCGCAGAGGUGAGAAAAAAGAAACGAAAAUAAACAACAAAUAAAGUAAACAACGGUUGUUUUCCAUGAUGCGAAUACUUCACGUAAUCGCUCUUCUUGUUCCACUUGUCACGUGCAAACAUCAUGCUGUGAAAUCAAACGUGACCGAGGCUGCUGAGGAGGCAGACAACGAGGAUAAAGUAUACGUAGGUGGACAUCAACUAGGUAAUGAGCAGGUAGAAGCUCCUGUGGAACAUGAAGAAGAAAACGACGCCCCUGUCGAUGAUCUCCAUGUUGACCAAUCAGAUAACGAAGAGGAGGGUGAUGAACCAAUCAGCCAAGCGCAACAUCAAAAUCAAACUGGAGAUGAGGAAACUGGCGAUGAAAUCGUAAACUUAGAUCAUGAAGGCGAUGCAUUGGCAACUAAAGUGCAACAAGAUCAUGUUGAUAUACCAGAUGGCGAGGUGUCGAAAGAUGUCGAAAUAAAGAAUGCCGAUGCUGAAACAGCAAACGUAGAGAACAGCGAACCAUCAGAAAUUAAUGUGGGCAACGUUGACGGUACAGAAGCUAGUGAAAGUGCACAUGAUGGUUCUAGUGUUGAGGAUAGCGUUGAUUCUUUUAACGACGUUAGAUCACCAAUAUCGGCGUACAGAUCAAAUAAAAGUCAAAACGCAUCAGAAGCUAAGACACCUGAAGUCAUUAGCAAUACAACAAAUUCAGGCAUUGUUGAUUCUAAAAAGACGAAUCAAACCAUCACACCUGCGAAAGAUGUCCCUGUCACCAACCUCACAGCAGUGGAUGCAAAAUCUGAGACACCUGUCGUGCAUGAAGACCCUGAAGAGCGUCCUCUGUCGACUGAAAGCAAACUUUCAUCGCUGAAUCCAAAUCCAACUCCAUCUAACACUGGCAAUAGCACUGACGUUUCUAAAGAAAACACUAAACACACCAACAGACAAUACAUUCGGAAAAAGUUAUCUGCCUCGAGGAAAAGACACCAAUUACAGACUUCCUAAAACAUCUUUGGUACAGUGGUCACUAAAACAGUGAUGGAGAAGUAUUUUAGAUUUGUAAAUAGUUCUGUAUUUUAAAAAACAAUUUUCAACA